CACCAACGUCGAGAGCUCUCCAUCCCAGGGGUCUCGCCGCCCCUCGAACCCUCAUCUUGUUCCUGACCGCCCUCCGACAUCGUCUUCCACUCCAUUCACAAUCCAUCUCGGCAUUGCAAUCAAGCACCCGUCUUCUCCGUCCCUUCAACAAGCUCGACGUACAGCCGAAACUUAUCAACCAUGUCUGCUCCCGUCAUUCCCGCUGGAGGCACCUUCCUCCACACCUUUAAAAAGUCCUUUGUCGACGUUCCCAUCGAUGCCAACAAUGACAAUGCUAUCGACACCACCGCCUUCCUCGACGCCGCCGAGUCUUUGACCACCAUGUUCGAUGCCCUGGGCUCCGUGGCCUUCUCUCCCGUCAAGUCGGACAUGCUGGGCAACAUCAAGAAACUCCGCGAGCGCCAGCUUGCCGCCCCUGGCGAGUCCGCCACCGUCCAGGCUCUCGUCGUCAACGAGAUCAGGGCCAAGAAGCACACCGCUGCCGAAGGUCUCGUCUGGCUUGUCCGUGGACUUGACUUCACAUGCAUCGCCCUCAGCCAGAAUGUCGCCAAGGAGUCUGAGGAGCUCGCUGACUCCUUCCGCAACGCCUACGGUGCCACCCUCAAGCCGCACCACGGCUUUCUCGUCCGCCCCGUCUUCUCCGCCGCCAUGAGCGCUUGCCCUUAUCGCAAGGACUUUUACGGCAAGCUCGGCGCUGACGGCACCCAGGUCAGCAGCGAGCUGCGCACAUAUCUCGCUGCUCUCGAGAACGUCGUCGCCAUCCUCAAGGGCUUCCAGGAGCGCAAGGAGGCUAAGUGGUAAAUUUCGUGACACCAGGAGUCUCACCACGUCUUCACUACUGGACGGACCACCAGAAUCCUUGAUGUCUGCUGCAGAUUCAUUUUCAAGCCGACAGAGCAUGAAGAAAGGACGAUCCGAGCAAUGUUCGAGAACGGGCGGAGUGUCGAUCAGCAUCGCUAAGACGCCACUUUAUACGAGAGUUAUGAGCAAAAUGUCACGCGCAAAGAAGGCAUAGUAAAUCUGAUGCUACCUGUAUUUUCUGACCUAUCUGAGUACGAAACCAAGCCAAAACAAUCAU